GUCCCGGCGGUUUGUUGUUUGUUGUCUCGUCCCGGUUUUCUCCUGUCUGCAGCCUGAAAAUGAGCAAACUGCGGCUGCUGCACGCCUACCUGACGGAGCGGCUGACGGUGCUGGUGAAGGAGGUGCUGGACGUGGUGGAGGACACCGUGACCGAGUACCGGGAGGAGACGGCCCGCACCAAGCGCGAGAACGAGAGCCUGCGGAGGCAGCUGCGGGACAUCCUGCUGCUGGAGGCCGAGACCGAGUGGCUGAGAUCCUCCCGGGCCACUCUGGGCUUUGUGGUCCCUCAGCAGUCUGAAGAUGUGAGGCCCCGCUCCCAGGAGCCCGACUCCACCCUGAACCAGCCUCGACCUCCAGCCGGCAGGCUGACCCCGGAGCCGCCGCCGUCGGCGGAGAGCGAGGCGGCCCCGGGGCCCCUCCUCCUGCCCGACGACAAGAAGCCGCUGGCGGCCUGGGAGCCGCCUCUCCAACGCGAGCCGCCGCUGCAGGGCGACCCCCUGCCGCAGAGCGACCCCCUGCCCCCGCGCUCCUCCCCCUCCCGGGCGGAGGUCCCGGCCGCGGUGCAGGAGGACGCCCCGGCGCCGGCGCUCAUCAAACCCGAGCCCGAGGAGUUCCGAGUGAGUGAUGUGGAGGGAGCGGAGGACUCUGUGAUGGCGCCGGCGGUCGGCGAGGAGUCGGCCUUCAUGAGCAGAACCGAGGCGGAGCAGCCGCACGUGAACUCUGCUCCGGAGUCGCUGCCGCCCGACGAUAAUGCCGCCGUCGCCGCCGCCGCCAUCGCCGGCUUCGUCCCCGAACUCGUGCACCGCUGCCCGCGCUGCGGCGAGGCGUUCGGCCAGGCCGCCGGCCUGCGGCUGCACCUGGAGCAGAAGAGGAAGACGUACGCCUGCGACUGGUGCUGCAAGUCGUUCGCCCAGUCGGCCGACCUGCGGCGGCACCUGCGCACGCACACGGGCGAGCGGCCGCACCGCUGCACCUUCUGCUCCAAGAGCUUCAGCCAGAGGGGCAACCUGCGGCGCCACCUGCGCAUCCACACGGGCGAGCGGCCGUACAGCUGCCCCUUCUGCUGCCGCACCUUCAGCGACGGCGACACCAUGAAGAAGCACAAGCGCACGCACUCCGGCGAGCGGCCGUUCCGCUGCGUUCAGUGCGCCAAGACGUUCACCAGCGGCAGCGGGCUGCAGAUUCACCUCAAGAAGAACAUGUGCUUUGUACCCAACGCCUGAUGGCGAGACUUCUUGUUUCUGCUUCUUUUUCUGCAGCUGGACCCAGAUCAGCGGCCCCACUGCUCCCUCUGGUGGUGCUCAGUGGUACUGCAGGCCGGUCGGCGCCUCAGUUGCGUUUCCAUCAGUUCAGGCAAUUAAAAUGCAUCUUUUUGCACCUUUAGCAGCCUUUUACCACCAAGGCUCUGAGCUUCAUUCACUCCUCAGUACUGUGGAGGGAGCCGGCCAAUCAGAGCGCAGGAGGAGGAGCUGUCGGGCCAGUCGUAGAGAAAGAAGAGACGACGGGCCGGUUGGAGUGCAGAAGAAGACAACGUACGGACAAACAGGAAAAUGUGAAGGAGAAACGUCUCAAACAUUUUGGUAGUGUUUUAGCCCCGCCCCCUACCCUUCGUCUGAUUGGCUCGCACUCACACUGUUACGCUGAGCUGAACAGUCAUCUCUUCUCACGUCUGAACUAAUGGGAGCAGACUGAAACAGGGGGAGGGUUGAUGCUUUGAAGGCAGCGCGAGGCGUUCGGGUCCUCAGGAACAGUGAAACGUCGGAGUGGAGGUGAAACUCAGACUAACUCUUUUGUUUUUUAGCGUGAAUUUACUUCAGACUGACAGAACUGAAUAUCUCCCACAGAUGUGCAGUAGCAGAGGCCACCUCUGAGUUACAGUGUUUAGGGUCUAAAACACUAUUUAAAUACAUAAUUAGCUGGUUACCACGGUGAUUCUAAUCGCCGCUGCCCUUGUUACCCCACCGCUCCAGGGAGCAGGACCCUGAGGUGGAGGAGGCCCUCUGCUGAUCUCUGGGACGGCUGCUUUGGAUUCUGUUGGGUUUUAUUGUGAUUCAGAGGAAUAAAAUGUGACUU